AUGGCUACCAAAGAAAAGCGACCUACCGCCAUAGUCAUCGGCGCCGGCGUCGGCGGUGUCUCGACUUCCGCGCGCCUCGCGAAAGCAGGAUUCCACGUCACGGUACUCGAGAAGAACUCCUUCACCGGCGGACGAUGCUCCCUCUUAUGGAGUGAGGAUCAGAAAUACCGAUUCGAUCAGGGCCCCUCGCUGUUACUCCUGCCCGGACUGUUUAAGAGGGCGUUUGAAGAGCUGGGAACAAGUCUAGAAGCCGAGGGAGUAGACUUGAAGAAAUGCGAGCCGAACUACAAGAUUCACUUCGGAGACGGAGGCCGCUUCGAACUCUCAAGCGAUCUUGCGGUCAUGAAGCAGCAAAUCGAAAAGUGGGAAGGAAAAGGUGGAUUCGAGCGGUACCUCGCGUUUCUGGAAGAGUCACAUCGACACUACGAAUUGAGCGUGCAACAUGUCUUGCUCAAGAACUUCACGUCCCUACUGAGUAUGCUGAGAGUCGACUUCUUGCGACAUUUGAUGGACUUGCAUCCUUUUGAGAGUAUCUACUCGCGAGCGAGUCGGUAUUUCUGGACGGAGAGGUUGAGGAGAGUCUUUACUUUUGGGAGUAUGUACAUGGGCAUGUCGCCUUUUGAUGCUCCGGGGACGUAUUCCUUGCUGCAGUAUACGGAAUUGGCAGAGGGGAUUUGGUAUCCUGUGGGUGGCUUCCAUCGGGUUGUGGAGGCUAUUGAGAAGAUUGGGAGGAGGGAGGGGGUGGAAUAUCGGAUGAAUACGGGGGUCAAGAGGAUAUUGCUGAGUGAGGACAGCACGAAGGCAGUGGGUGUGGAAUUGGAGAAUGGAGAGGUCUUGAAGGCGGAUGUGGUGGUGAACAAUUCGGAUCUGGUCUAUGCUUACUCCAACCUCCUGCCCGAAUCCGACUACGCUGCCUCCCUCACCGAUCGCCCGGGCAGCUGCUCCAGUAUCUCUUUCUACUGGGCGCUGGACAAGAAGGUGCACGAAUUGUCAGCACACAACAUCUUCCUCGCCGAUGAAUACCGGGAGAGUUUCGACUCGAUCUUCAAGAAACAUCUCAUACCGGACGAACCUAGCUUCUACGUCAAUGUUCCCUCUCGAAUCGACUCGAGCGCUGCUCCUGAGGGCGCUGAUAGCGUCGUCGUUCUAGUGCCCGUGGGACAUCUCACCUCCCCGGAUGCAAAGGCAAAGGGAGGGCUCCCGCCUACCGAAGAACAGGAUUGGCCUAAGAUGGUGUCUCUCGCUCGGAAAACCAUCCUGUCGACGAUCGCUUCACGAACCGGCGCAGAUCUCUCGAAGCAUAUCAUCUACGAGAGGACGAAUGAUCCAAAGAUUUGGAAGGAGACCUUCAACCUCGACAAGGGCGCCAUCCUGGGUCUUUCGCAUUCCUUCUUCAACGUCCUCUGCUUCCGCCCUUCUACGCGGGCUAGGAGACCGGGGGCUUACGAUAGCACGCUUCGACAUCUCGGUGUACUAGGCAGGAUCCUCGAAGUCGUGAUCGAUGUCCUGAGGGGCGAUAUGAGGGAUGUCAAGGGCCUGUACAUGGUCGGGGCGAGUGCGCAUCCGGGGACUGGGGUCCCUAUUGUGCUUGCGGGAGGGGCUCUGGUUGCGGAGCAGGUCUGUGAUGAUAUGGGUAUACCUGUGCCGUGGCGACAGGCUGGGGAUAGGAAGGGGUGGAGGAUGGAAGUCAGAAGUAAGCUGGAUCAAGAAGAGAAGCCUGUGCUUGGGUGGUGGACGAAGAGGUUUCUCGGCUUUUUGCUUGGGGCGUGGUUUGUGUGGUACGUAUUCGGGAAGAGAAUCUAG